UAAUUACAGAUAUACUUAUAAUUAUAAGUAGGGAGUAACCAUCAUGGCUUCAGAGAACCCAGAACGCAAAGACCCAAUAUCCUUCUUGCCUGAAGAACCAAUGAUCUAUGAAUUUAAGAAAAAAAAGAAGAAAAAAAGAAAGCAUAAGCAAGAAGACCCUUUUAAAGAUAUAGCUGAUGUUAGCAAACCGGUUGUGAUUACAACUGAGCUGGACCCAGAAAUCACCGAGGAGAUAUUUGACCCCGAAAUCAUUAUAAAAGAGGAGAGUAUUGAAGUAGACUUAGACUUUCAAGAUUAUGACGAUGAUGCUGGUCCAUUGCUGGAGGAGUUGGAUCAUGAACCAGCAGUCCCCAUAGCAGAAGACGAGAAAAGCAGAGCAGCCUUACUGCUAACAUUCGAGAAUGUUAUCAGAAACAACCCCGUAGUAACCAUGAAGGAAGCCGAGCCCGCACCGGAUCUGCACAAAUGUCCAACAUGCCAUUUUGUCUUCAAAACUGUACGCACACUCAAUCUGCAUCAACGUAGGAAACACAAAGCGCUCAAAAAGCUACCAAACUACCCUUAUGCCUGCAAACAAUGCGGUUUGUCAUACGAGAAGAGAAACAGCCUUAAAGCCCAUAUUAAACGCAAGCAUAGUCCGAACUCCGUUCCUUAUGACUGUGAAAACAGAGUCUGUGAUAUCUGUUCUCUAGUCUUCAGAGGCAGUCGUAGGUUGCGGAUGCAUAAGCAAAGAAAGCAUGGAGCGUAUGCGGAUGAAUUCAAAUUUGAGUGCGUUGACUGCGGGCUGACUUAUGACAACGAAGCGAGCCUAAAAGUGCAUAGGAAUAGGAAACAUGGUACAGUAAAGAGAAAGCGAAUAGAACUACUAGCGUGUCCGGUGUGUCCUACUGUGUUUAGUAGCAGUGAGGCUUACAUGAGACAUAUACAAAGGAAGCAUCACGAUUCCGAAGGAAAAAUACCUGAAGAGAUUACAGAAAACCUUGAGAACGACCAGACCGUUAAGGAUAUACACUGUAAGCUGUGUCCGUUAAUGUUUUCUAGUAUGACGUAUUUACGUCUACACAUGAGAAGGAAACAUAAUGCGAUAGACGAGAGAUUUUCACUAAAAUGUGCAAUUUGUUGCAUGUCGUACGACAAAAUUGAAAGUUUAAAAAAGCAUAUACAAAGAAAACACGGCGAUGGCACACACUGUUACGAAUGUAACAAAGAUUUCGACGACCGCGAAGCGUUUAUGGGCCACUCUCAUAAACGGCCGAUACUUGAGUGCAAUAUAUGCGGUUUAAUAUUCGCGACGACCGGUGGAUUGAAGAAGCAUAAGCGUUGCACACACAAAAUAGAGUCUGGUGUGAAGAAAUUCGUGUGUUAUGUGUGCAAAGAAGCUUUUUACUUGCGCCGUCAGUUGGCAAACCAUUUGAGAUGCGUGCAUUUAAAGAUAUCGAUACCGUGUAAGUUUUGUUCAAAGAGUUUUAAGAAUAAAGAUAGUUAUAAACGCCAUUGCGAACGUUUCCACGCCGACCAGUACGCUCCAGAGUCGAAUAACUUCUACAAAUGCAGCGUGUGUCCUCUGGACGACUUUUCAACCGAAAGUGACCUAUCCCGUCAUAUAGACAUGGCACACAGUCGCCCGAAAGAUAUUAAGAUCGAAAACGGGCCUAAAAUUAAGAUAGAAGAAGGAAUUGAAAUCAGUGAACAGAAACUAUGUAAAGAUGAAACACGUACAUACCAGUGCACUAAAUGCGAAGUGAAUUCUGAAACGUGGCAGGAAUUGCGCAAACAUUACGAGAAAACGCAUCAUUUGGUCAAAAAAACGCAGUGUCAAGCGUGCGGUAAAUUUAUAAAGGAAGCUGAUCUACCGAAACAUAUGAAGUUGGUUCAUCCUGUAGAGGUAGAAAAAAAAUGUCCGUACUGCGAAUUUGUGACGACAUCUAAAGCCAGCCUUAUGCAGCACACAUUGAGGCACAAAAACGCCACAACAAUAACCUGUGAAUACCAAGGGUGUAAGUACAAAUCAUAUUUCCAAGCCAAAAUGGACAAACAUAAGAAGAACCAUUUAGAAUUAGGGAAUAUGAAAUUGCAAUGCAGUAAGUGUCCUUUCCAAAGUAUGAACAAAUACAUUUUGAAAUAUCACGAAGAAGCUCACGCGACGGGUAAAAAGAAAUAUACUUGUGAACAUUGUGAUUAUUCGGCAACAUUACCAGUGUAUUUAGUUCAGCAUAGGCUAAAGCAUUCAGUGGAGAAAAAGUUUAAAUGUGAAUAUUGCCUUUUCGCUACUAAAUACAAUACGUCGCUACGGUUUCACGUGAAGACUAAACAUUGCGAUUUGGGGAAACAGUCGUAGUUUUUAUAUUUUGAAUAAAUGUUAUUUCGUUGUUUU